AUGGGCGAUAACCUCCACAUCCUCAUUAUUGGAGCUGGCGCCACGGGCCUCUUUAUCGCACAAGGCUUGAAAAAGGCAGGCAUCAGUUCAACAAUCUAUGAACGGUACUCAGAAAGAGAGUACAAAGCAAGGUCAGGGCAGUGGUCGAUGGCAUUACACUGGUCUCUUCCUCUGAUUGAGAAGCUUCUCCCACCAGGCGUGUACAGCCUCUUGUCUACAACCUAUACCAACAGAUGGGAAGAGAUCGACGCAAAUAUUGCUUCGCAGAUUCCGAUCGUCAAUGGUGCCACUGGAGAACUGUUGGCCCAAGUUCCAAUGUCAAAUCCUAAGCGAGUGGUGCGAGGCAAGCUUCGUAAUCUCCUCACAGCUGGCAUCGAGAUCAACUUCGAAAAGCGCUUGACUGAUCUCAAGGUGGAGGGCGGCAGUGUUGUUGCUGUAUUCAAUGAUGUAGAGCUAAGUGCUAGGGGAUCGCUGGUCAUUGGAGCUGAUGGAGCGCGAAGCGCAGUUCGAGAUCACUUGGUCCCCUCGGGUGCGGGUGUACUGGAUGAAACCCCUACUACAUGUAUAAGCAUCUUCCGGUCAUUUCCCAGAGAACAAGCCCUGUUUGUUCGAGAGAGGAUACAUCCCAUUGCGCAGCUUCUUCCGCACCCAAAGCUCAGUUCUUUCCUUUUUGCCACUGUGGUUGAUAUUGUUGAUCCCCAGAAGCCAGAGACUUGGGUUUUCCAGAUCUCGGUCUCUGUCUGGGGCAAAGAUCCUGUUCCGUCCCUGAAGAGACGCGGCUACCGCUACUGGGGAAGGAUCUGUCCCUGGGAUAACCUUGACGGCCGGGCGACUCUCGCUGGCGAUGCAGCACACCCAAUGACACCCCACCGAGCACAGGGCUUGAACAGUGCUAUUCAAGAUGCCGAGACCCUGGUCGAUAUAAUCACAAAGACCGUGCAGGAAGACCAGGACCUGAAAUCCGCGUUGGAUUCGUACGGACAGUCGACAUACGAACGCGGAAAGACCGACAUCGACCUAUCUCUCAAACAGAUGUACUCCUAUCAUCACUGGGACACACUAAUGGAGGGCCCUCUCAUGAAAAGCGGCUACAAGAAGACUACUCAAUAG